AUGGCGCCUCGACAAGACCUGAUCUCUUCGGCUGUGACCUUCCUGCAAGAUGCCUCAGUCGCGUCGUCGCCAGUAGAGAAGCGGAUUGAGUUUUUACGAUCUAAGAAUCUUACACAGGAAGAGAUCGAUUUGGCAAUGGCACAGGCAACUGGCGAAGGUCCACCUCCUCUGCCAGCAUCGAACCAACAGUAUGCACCACAACAAUAUCAAAGGCCUCCGCCGGGCUAUGCAUAUCCGCCGCCAUACGGGCAGUGGCCGCAACAACCUCCGCCUGAACCACCAAAACGAGACUGGCGAGACUAUUUCAUCAUGGCGACUGUUGUUGGGGGAGCAUCAUACGGCUUGUAUGUGCUAGCACAGCGUUACAUUAAACCCCUGAUAGCACCUCCAACUCCUCCACAGCUAGAGCAGGAUAAGGCUGCCAUUGACGAGCAGUUCAACAAAGCAUUUGCUCUGCUCGACACGCUGUCAGAAGACACCACUAAACUAAAAGAGGCGGAGCAGGAGAGAACCAAAAGACUUGAUAGUGCCAUUGCCGAUAUCGAGACCAUAGUUUCCGACCUGAAGGCUGCAAAUCAGAGACGUGAAGACGAUAGUAAGAAGAUGGAAUCUGAAAUCAAGCAAAUGAGGGACUCCUUGCCGAGAGCUAUUGACACAGUUAAGGAAGGCAGUGAGAGACAGUUGAAAGAGUUGAGCACUGAGCUGUCAAGCUUGAAAGCCCUGAUGCAGAAUCGCGCUGGAUCUACAUCAGCAUCGUUCAAUAUUCCACGAGCACCCAAGCCAGACGUCUCAUCUAUGCCAUACAAUGCUCCUGGUGUACGCUCACCUAGUGUGAGCACACCAACCAGCGAAGUUGCUCCAGGUAGCUCAAAUAACGUGACUGGCGUCAAUGGUUCGAGCACAGUCCCGUCGUUCGUAGUACCUGGUGGAAGCAACCCGAGUACAACCAACACGGCCGCCGCAGCUGCGAAGCCAGCGAGCACGAAUCUGGGAUAUGGGGCCGGAAAAGUGUCGAUUCCCGCGUGGCAGCUUGCGGCACAGAAGAACCAGGACAAAGAGAAGUCCCAGCCGAAUGGAUCGGCUGACGGCGCAGAUGCUGUGGCUGCUCUCCAGGCUUCUUGA